AUGGACUGCAUCUUUGGGCUCUCUCGGGAACUGGGCAGAAAUAAUCGUAGAUUUCAUUCCGCUCUUUAUAUGAUUUAUAGAAUCACUUUCCUUGGAAGCAAAAUUGAUAGAGCCGGGUUUGAUUUGAGGUUAAGAUUGGUAAUAUUCAAAUGGAUUCCGAGGCCGCAAUUGGGGGGAGGGGAGGGGGGAGGGGUGACUGACUUCGCCUGGUCACACGACGGCAGAAUGGCCUUAAUCUGUUACAAGGACGGAUUUAUACUCGUGGGCAGUGUUGCCGGACAGAGGUACUGGUCAUCCAUGCUCAACCUGGAGAACACCAGUAUCACGUGUGGACUGUGGUCACCUGACGAUCAGCAGGUGAUGUUUGGAACACUGGACGGCCAAAUUAUAGUGAUGAGCUCUACAGGUUUGGUGGUGACCCAGGUGACCGUCCAUGAAGGGUUUGAGAUUACCAACAUGGCCUGGUCCUGUGAGAAGUUUAAUAUGGAGGAGGCGGACUCUGGUCGGGACGGGACCGAUCACUACAGUAAAGACGGCCACAAGAAGUCGCAUGUCCUGGCUGUGUGCUUCAAGUAUGGGGACAUAUUUCUAAUGUCGGGAUAUGAUGACCUUUGCCCUAUUAUGGUGUACACAACGUUAACAGGUGUGAAAAUAGACUGGUCGAACUGCGGCGAGUACUUGGCGGUUGGCGGGUACGUUCGUCUGCCCAAUCUACAGUGUCGUAAUGAGGUACACUUCUACUCCAAGGACGGCAGUCUAAUUCAUUGGGUCACUUUACCUUCUCAGGGAAAACCACUCACUGCGAUGACCUGGGGUCACAACGACAAGAGGCUGUUCAUCGCUGCAGGCUGCCAUAUGUACGUAGCUUGGGUCAGCAAGCAGGUGGCGCCACUUCACUUCCUGUGUCAACGAGUCAUCCACCAAUCAGUGCACACAGAAAAGGCUGUUGAUAAGCUACCACUACCACAGAGGCUACGAUGUGGUGUCAAAGCCUUGUUCUCUCCAACAAUCAAGAGCUACAUCCCUGACCCCUUGCGCUUGAGAGAGUUUGUGUGUGGCCCUCCUCCGGGUGGAGAGCGACUCUUCUGUACCAUGAUCCGGCACGGCGAGGAGACUUCGGGUGGCCACUAUACCUUGUACCUGGAAUACCUCGGAGGCCUUGUGCCACUUCUCAAGGGCAAGCGAGCCAGCAAACUGAGGCCGGACUUCAUAAUUUUCGACCCCAAGAUUAAGUCUUCUGGGAAAGAAUCCAGCCAGACGAGUGGGAUUGUUGUCAGUGAUUCAAGUUCAGAGUCAGAAACUGAAGUCUACACUGACGGAUGUGGCUCUCCACGGAUGCAGCGGCGGCGCCGGAACAAGGUGUUUAGAGCGGAAAAGGUUGACAGAAGCAUCACUUUCAGGACUCUUGAUGAGCUCAUGUAUGACGAUAACCUGCCGGAGACAAACAGACUGGUUGAAGUGACCUCAAAUAUUUGGGGCACCAAGUUCCAGAUCACCGGCCUCAUUUCAUCUUUACCUGCAUGCCUGGGCCAGGUUGUCUACAAAACGUCACUGCUUCAUCUUCAGCCCCGCCAGAUGACAAUCACCAUCACAGAGAUCACACCGGCCCGCCCGGUAAUGUCCAGGGACCCAAACUUUACACCGGCGCCCUACAAUACAGAUGAUGGUGAUCUGUGUACUUGUUUGCAAGGAGCUAGGCCCAAGGCUGGCUUGAAUGUACAUCAAAGUAAUAGCACUAGCCCUCAAAUGAACAAUAAAACACACAUUCCGAACAACAUUUCCAAAUUAAAUGGAGGAAGUAACAACAAGUGUGCAGCAUUGCCUUCUAAUAAUCCCAGCAACACCAAUUUCCACUCGUCGUAUGCAAACGGUAACAUUGUCAUGCCACACUUUAAUCAGACCUGUAGUAACAAGGUGGAAUCAUUUUUGUCUAGUAACACUCCAGCGACGGUAGGCAAUAGGAAGUUAGAGAAUUUGCACGGGUUCAAGCGAGUAGAUGUAGGAAACUGCAUUGACAUAGGCAGAAAUUGUGGAGUUAGCAUCGACAGCUUAUGGAAAAGCGAUGAACUCAAUUCGUCAGCUUUUGUCAACCAUUCAGCAUUAUCACAGAAGGAUACAGGCAGCAGUUCUACAAGUGCUAAAGAUGUCAUGGUUCCACUGACAGCUAUUGAGGUAGGGCCGAGAUGGGCAGACCCUGCAGCCGAAGCUGGAAAACUGUUUGAGGAAGGAGUCACAGAAGGUUCAGAAGCGCCAUUCGAGAACAACUUGGUGGCAGAUUGUAGUCCUACUGCACCAAACUGUCAGGAUCUACACAGAAGGUAUUCUAAUCUUUCAUUUUCUAACGUGAGACGGCGUCUGAACGAAACUAGUUCCAGACUAGAGCCAACUCGAACGUUUACAAUGCACAACAAAGCACCACUGUGGAAUGAGACCAGCCAGGUUUAUCAGCUGGAUUUUGGUGGCCGAGUGACACAGGAGUCGGCGAAGAACUUCCAGAUUGAGCUCAAAGGCAAACAGGUGAUGCAGUUUGGCCGGAUAGACAACAAUGCUUACACUUUGGAUUUCCAGUAUCCGUUCACGGCUAUUCAGGCCUUUGCUGUUGCCCUAGCUAAUGUUACCCAGAGACUCAAGUGA